AUGCCAAAUCAAUAUAGAGUUCAGGAUUCAGCAUUUGUGGUGACCUUGGUUAUCAAUGCUGUAAUCUCAGUUUUGGUAUUCAUUGCAUUUUGCGUCUUUAGAAGAAAGUUCAAGGAUUUCUAUGAAUAUAGAUACCAAACCAAACAACCUGGCGUAGAUACUGCUCCCUCUGAUUCUUUCUUUGGUUGGGUAGCUUCCACCCUAAAUUAUAGUAAUGAGAAAAUCAUUCAAACUGCUGGAUUAGAUGGAUAUUUCUAUCUAAGACAAAUUAGAACUAGUUUUUAUAUUAUGGUGGUUUUGGUAGUAUUGUCUGCAAUCAUUUUGUAUCCUACCAACUCACAGGGUGGAUACAAUGCUGCGAGACAAGAGAACAACGGUACACUUCCAGAUGAGGUGGUUGGUCUCUCGGUCAUAUCAAUGAGUAACAUUGCACGUGGUGAGAAUCUUUUGUGGGUGCAUGUAGUUUUCACUGUCAUCGUUACUUCGGUGGUUUGUUUCUUUAUCUAUUUCGACUACAAGGAUUUCGCAGAGCGUCGUAUCACCUUUAAACAUCAGAAUCGUCUGAUGAACCAUACUGUAUUCAUUCGUGACAUCCCAGAUCGUCUUUUCACCAAGGAAUCACUUACUCGCUACAUGGAGUCCUAUUUCCCUGGACAAAUCCGUGAUAUUAUUCUCAUUAAUCAACUUCCAAUCAUCUAUAAAUUGAUGAAUCAACGUGAGGGAUUCGUAAAGAAAUACGAAUGUGCUAUGGAAAAGGCGAGUCGCACCAACAAGACUGUCUAUGUCAAGACUGGUUUGUGUGGUUGUUUCGGUGAGAAGCGAGAGGCAUUGGAUUUCUAUCAAGAGAAAAUCGACGACCUCGACAAAUCCAUCGAAAUGCACAGAACUAGAUCCGAGCAGAAUAUGCCAGAUUCCGGUAGUGGAUUCAUUGUUUUCAAUCAUAAAUCAACUGCCAAGAUUGUCGAGCAAGUCGUAAUGGACAAGAAAUUCCCAAUGAAGAUGGUGCGUUUCUCUGCUCCAGAUCCAUACGAUGUCUACUGGCCAAACGUAUCAUACACUUCCCACUCAUUCUUUAUUCGUUCGUUGAUCGUUUCGAUUUUCAUUUUCGGUUUGGUAUUCUUCUGGUCGAUUCCAGUUGCAUUCCUUUCUGGAUUCAGUAACCUUGCGACACUCUCAAAGAUCAGUGCAUUCAGCUGGCUCGUAGAUAUCAUUGAAAAGUCGAGUGUACUAGCUGGAUUCCUUCAAGGUUUCCUUCCAAAUUUGGUGCUUAUCAUCUUCAUGGCACUGCUGAUUCCAAUCAUCAAAAAGGUGUCGCAAGUCCAAGGAUUCUUUUCCAAUUCCGAAGUCGACGAAUCCGUCUUUAGAAAAUACUUUAUCUUUGAGGUGUUCAAUGUCUUCUUGGUCUCUGCGAUUGCUGGUUCCAUUUUCCAAUCGAUCGAAUCGAUUGUCGACCAUCCAUCUUCUAUCAUCACCAUGUUGGCAACUGCACUUCCAGGACAAGCCUAUCAAAUGACCAAUCUCAUUAUGAUUGCAGCUGCCGGUGGUGUCAUGGCACUGCUCCGUUUCAUCGGACUGCUCAUCAAGCUCAUCAAGUUGAGAUGGCUUGCCAAAACACCAAGACAAAUCGCCGAUACAAAGAAGUGUGGUUCGUUCUCCUACAGCACUAGCUACGCCAUGAGCUUGCUCUAUCUCCAAAUCUGUUUGGCAUACUCCACAAUGACACCAUUCAUUCUCAUCUUUGGAAUGUGGUAUUUCGGAAUCAACUAUCUCGUUUCCAAGUACAAUAUCAUCUGGGUAUCGACACCGGAAUACCAAUCGGGUGGUUCACUCUAUCCAAGUGCAUUCCGUCGUACCAUUGUCGGUUUGAUCAUCUACCAACUAUUGAUGAUAGGUGUCUUCAAUGUCUAUAAAUUCUUCUGGGGUAAUCUCGUUGUUAUUCCACUGAUUGGAACUGUUUGUUACUCCUACCAAGAUUACAAUGGAACUCAAUACCGUCCACCUUACUAUUCACCUCUUAUGGCAAUUAAUUUUAAUGGUCAACAAGGACCUUCAAGUCCAUAA